AUAUAAACCAGACCAAGCCCACUCCUCUCCUGUAUGCUCCGGCCAAUACCAGUCGACUCCACAUGACGGAAUUCUUCCGAACUCCAACCGAGGACGAGACAAGCGAAGAUUUUCUGAUGUUUACCUUCCAACUACCAAACAAACAGAAAACUAUGGAUGUUCCUAGUGUUCUACUACUGAGUAUGGAGGGGAUUGUCUGUCAAUUGGACCCAGCCCUGAUCAACUGGCUGUCCUACAACCCUCAGGACAAAGUGAAGCUCUCCAGUCAGGGGAGGGAAAAAGUGACGGUGGACCAGUCUCUUGCUCAUGCUGCACUUCCCCUUAAGACAAAGACAUCACAGGUUUCCCUUGCCUCGUCAGACUCGGUGACCCCUAAUACAGACACACCAACUGUCACUCACUCAACUGCGCAUGUGCCUACCACACAGGGAGAUGAAGGUCAGAAAGUCAGAGAGGAAACAGACAGGGGUCAUGACCUUUCUAACAAACUAGCUGCCUUAUUUCCAUUCAUCAGAAUGCUGCAAGUCCAGGUUGACAUCAAGAGCUGCUGUGUGUUUGUAAACAAGGGCCCGAUGUCGGUUCCGGAUCCAAGUGUUUACAUUCCGAAGAACUUCUUGUCUGCGCUUGAGCAUGGCCAGGCCCCAGGGACGGUAGUCAUUUGUCUCCCCAAUCUACAUCUGGUCAGUUCAGGGGUCAAACAGGUGCACGCCUUACAGGAACUCCCUAUUACCUCAAUGGAUGGAUCCCUGGUCG